AGUGGAGUUAACUUUUUUUAUUGUCACUAGACAGUGUGUACAUGUACUUAAUGUGCAGUAAUUGGCUAUUUUUGUCUUCUUUCAAUUGGAACCCUUCAAUAUGUGGCUGAGAAGCUUAUGCGUGCAGUUAUUCCAAACUGUCCUUCAUGUUGUCAUGGCUAUCUCACCGUCUGAUUUUUUUAAUUUUGUGACAUUGCAAAUGAAAUCAAGAUUUCAUCAGUAAUUUGUUGUUAGUCAUAAACUAAGAUGUGUUUUAGCUAGUUGCUAGUUGUAUACAAAAUUGGCAUGUAAAUGCAUUUUACACUAAUCCUAAAUCGUUAAAAGCAAUAUUAAUUGUACACUACUAGUACUGUACUACUGUUUUGAUGCAGUUUUUCUGUAAUGUCUGUGAAGGCAGCACGAGCUGCCUGUUGCUGCCAAAUUAGUACCAACAGUAUUUUACAUUAGCUAUAAAACAGUUAGGUGAUUUUUUUUUUAAUUUUUAUUUUUUUUAUUUAUUUUUUAUGUAUACCAACGGUUUAUGUUUUCCAUUUCGUCUUUCUGUUUGGCGGACAACUCGGUGUUGGGAAAAUUACACGGUCACCCAGGUCUUAAAUCCGGAAAAUUGCGUGAACUAUCGGUUUCUCACCGUGACGUACAAAAACAAAAAAAUUUUACCCGAGCGGACUGAUUGACAGCCACUCUCUCCUACCGGAGUAUAUCGUGACGUCACAGCAAGGGCGCGGGCCCAUGUUGUCCACUGACUGACUGUCGCUCUACCCAAUCGGAGAGCAGCAUGAUGUACACCUCAGGGGAUUGGCAGUGGUUUGUCCAACCGACGCGCAAUCUGACGUAAUCUGUUUAAUAAAGGAAGCGUUCCUUGCGACACUGGCUCAUUCGCCACUACUACAAGAUAGAAGACUUAAGAUAACCGACAAAAUGGAGACUCAACUACACGAGAAAGCCUGACAAGGGAAGACUGGGAAAAGCAUGUCGCCAACUCGGCAGAAAAUGAAGAAGCGUCAGCGUAGUGACAUUCAUUUGUCUUUGACGCGAACCCAGCUGGUCUUCGACGAAGAGUACCAGAAUACGUGAUUAAAAGCCGUUUGUUUUCUACUCGCAUCGACCAAAAUUUCUCCCAAGAUGACUUGUGAUCGGACAACAAGCACCGCCGCGGCCAUGGAGAGGUUCGGCAACCGGGGAACGGCACUUCUUCCGUGGACCAAGCAGAUGUUGACGGUACUGUGGGAGCACCUCUGGGUUCUGGUUCGGGUCAUCUACUGCACCUUUUUGUCCGUUUUUCAGAUGUUUCGCUUUGAGGUGCACUUUCGGAUCACAGACGAGAUGGGGCCGCGCAUCCAGCACAGCCCGACCGAGUCGUUCCGCUUCUCCUCGCUGUUUGACAGCGACGCCGGCGUGAUGGUGGGCCACCCCAACGGCCUCUCGGACCCCUGCCGCGGCGCCGGCGCCACCGAAGACGGCAGGACCACGGCCGAGGCGUUGCUGUCGGGCCUGGCUCCUGACGACAGCGUCUACGUGGGCUUCCGCGGAGACUGGGACAUCUUCCCAGGUUUCCCCAAGGAGGCGCUCUUCCGGGAGGAUUCCGAGGCGGACCGCGACGCGGCCGAGUUCGACAGCCAGGAAAGCCGCACCACGUGGGAGUCCGUGUCCACGUGCAACGAGGCCUUGUCAAAAAAGACCAAAGCUGACACUGUGGGAGGCAAAGCCGGCAAAGAGAUGUCGGGCCUGAGGAUGUGGGUCAGCCGCUCCGACAGCGACUCCAGCUGGUCCAGCUCCGACGUGUCCGUCGCCGACCUGGAGGAGAACGAACGCCUUCUGGAUUUCUUCUCCAGGUCCGAUGACCCAUACGACCCUAUGUGCUUCGCCGCCUGCACCGUCAGCAAAGCGCCGCAGCCCGUCUCGGCGGGUACCGAGCGCAAGGAGGGCGGCGGCGCCUCUUCAUCAGAGGACGAGGAGGAGCAGUGGCGGUGGCUUGACCGGAAAGACGACCCUUUCCACCCGCUCAAUUUCAAAGCCCGUCUCAGCAAUCAGCAGCCUCAAUGUGUCCCAGAGCCUCGAAAAGCCACUCCCGCUAAACGCACCGCACCCAAAACACUCCAGAGACAGAACCAACGUGUCAGGCGUCGUUCUGACGAUGUCAGACGGGUCCCGUGGAAACGACCCACCCAGAGGUGUCACCCAACGGAAAUGCGCAACAGUCCUGACACUCAAAAAAAGUGCGAGGUCCGCUUCUCUCCAGUGGUGGAGGUUCAUGUGAUGUGGGCAUGGCGCUUCGCCGCCGCCGCCUCUCGCAAAGGACCCUGGGAGGAGAUGGUCCGGGACCGCGACCGCUUCCGGCGCCGCAUCGGUGAGGCGGAGCGGACCAUCGGUUACUGCUUGGAAUCCGCGCACCGAGCCAGGAUGCGAGAGUACGUUGAUGCCCACCGGAACCUGGGAUGAUUUUUGGGGACUUUGUCAUUGGUUGCAGUGCAACUGUCAUUUUAUUUAUCAGAUUGAAGUUCACAUUUCACCACUUUGUACCUCAAAAACGUUUUUUUGAUAGUUCUUUUGAGUGUUUAUUGUUGCACUGACUGACACUUUGGAAGUUCAGCUUUUCUGUUUUUUGCCUUGCUUUUGGACCUAUUAGAAAAGUCACAGAAUGGUUUGUUUUUGUGUGUGAUGAAUGUACAGCAGCUCAAGUAGCCACCAGGGAAAAAAGUUUUAAAAUCAAUUUAUUUAUGGUCUGGUGCAAUUAUUGUGUCUACUAAAUGUUGUAACUGGGUGUUUUUUUUUAACGCCCUUUUAUAUUUUCUUAACAUAUUAUUGAAGCCUUUUGGCACAUUCUGGGACUUUGGAUGUCUAUGAAUAUUAAUGUUCUGUUUUGACUGAUAAUAACACAGGAAACAACUGUGAUCAAUAAAUACACUG